AUGGCUACCCACGCGGCCCGCCAGGUUGCGAACCUCAAGCAGGUCCAUAUUAAAAUGGUACCAAGUCCGCGCACGCUCGUAGAGUCCCAGUUGGUUCUUGGGGCGAUGCGGAAGUUUGGGGAAGUGUCAUAUUUCCUGAAUCUGAAGAACACCCCGUCGCCACGAGCCAUGAAUACCGGGCGCUCUGCUCUAGUAAUAUUCGAAACAGUUGAUGCCAGAAACGCUGCUGUGGAAGCUUCUCCACUUAUUAUUCCAAUUCCUAGUCUAUCUAAACUUUUGCCGGAAUCAAGCAUGCUUAACUCCGGCAAGGAGAGCUAUCCAACCAAAAGCACCCUCGCCAAACCUCGAAUCAAAGCCAGAACUAGAGAAGCAAGAAGAAACAGAGAAAGAGCCAAAAAAAAAAGGCAAAACUUAGCAGAUUAUGAUGGUGAUGGUAGCUCCCCGGCACCAUCAAUCCUCUGUUACGUUGAACCAUCCCACCAUGACCACAAUGUUGCUGUCAUGCAGAAUCCAUACUACAACGCCUUCCACAUUGCGACCAACUUACUAGAGGUCCAGGAUCUGAUGAAGACUGCUACUAAUUGCAGUGAAGGAGUUGGCUAUAGUGAGGAACCCACUAAGAGCCUUGGCGAUCUAGUCCUGAAACCCCCCCCGUGGCUACAACAUAUGGAUUGUUUCCCGAAGAAGAAACGGAUGUUCCCAUUUCGUCACCAGGGUAAUGUCUUACGGAUUGCGGAGACGCUUUGUGGGGAUUCCCUUAUGCGAAUGUAUCGGGAGGGAAGGGAGGUUAUGGAAAAGUUGAAAGUGAAGAAAGCUAUGACUUCGAAUAAGAAGGCGAAUGAAAUGGCACAGGAGAAGGAGCAGGGGCAGGGGCAAAGGAUAGAACAAGAGCAAGAGCAGGAAAGAGAAUCGAGAGAAUUAGAAAAGAGUGUGGGAUAA